AUGGCAGAUAAUGACGAUUAUUUAGAUUCGAUUGACAACAACCAUCUAGACGGAACCAACGGUUCAUUAAACAUGACCGACAACAGCCUAGGCGGUGAUGAAGCUUCAGGUACAGAUGUACCUGACCUGGCCGCGAUUAAGGCCAGGGUUAGGGAAAUGGAAGAGGAGGCAGAGAAACUUAAACAGAUGCAUACAGAGGUGGACAAACAGAUGAGCUUAGGAAGCCCGCCGGGACUGACGAGUCCCCUAAAUAUGUCGCUUGAAGAAAAAAUUGAGACUGACAAUAGGUCAGUUUAUAUUGGCAAUGUUGAUUAUGGUGCUACAGCUGAGGAACUCGAGCAGCACUUCCAUGGCUGUGGGUCUAUUAAUAGGGUGACAAUAUUAUGUAAUAAGUUUGAUGGACAUCCAAAAGGAUUUGCUUAUAUUGAAUUUGGAGACAAAGAUAGCGUUCAAACCGCCAUGGCGAUGGACGAGUCAUUGUUUAGAGGCAGGCAGAUAAAGGUAAUGCCGAAGCGUACCAACAAGCCAGGCCUAUCGACUACAAACCGUCCACCUCGCGGUGCCAGAGGUCGCGGUCGAUCCUACCGCGGUGGCUUCACGCCGUACUUCGCCGGCUACCGGCCCAUGCGCCGCGGCAGGUACUACCCAUACUAA